GAAACAUGAAGAUGAAGGGAGUUUACAUUUCACUCUUUGUUUUUCUGGUCUCCUUCCAGGCUUUCAACUUGGCAAAUGGGCAAGCGAGAUUAUUUUGGUGCGUACCGAGAGCAGGAGUAGCAGUUGCACAGUUGCAAGCAAAUCUAGAUUAUGCUUGUGGGCAGCCGGACGUUGACUGCGGUCCAAUUCAACCAGGAGGGACUUGUUAUGAACCCAACACAGUUGCCUCCCACGCAGCUUUCGCCAUGAAUCUCUAUUACCAAAUUCAUGGUAAAAAAUCCGAUUGUGAUUUUUCUGGCACUGGUACCUUCACAAACACUGAUCCUAGUUAUGGUGAUUGCAAGUACGUUAAGUCAAUUGGAGGGAAACUAUGAUGUAUCCAAGCUGCUUGUUGAUAUUGAACUUUCCAUCUUUCCCCUUGGUUAUAGAGUACAAGUUCUGUUGUUACUUCUUCACAAGUGAUUUGAGAUUUUGAAAAGACAAUAAUAUUGUAGCUUCAGAAAUAAUUUAUGAACUUAUAU